AAUUCAUUUAUUUUAAAUAAAUAAAUAAAAUAAAUAUUUAGUCGGCACAUAAACUAUGUUCUUUUCUAUUAUUUCAGGGAAGGAGUCAAUGAAGGCAUCUUAGUGUUCUUAACAAGUUACAGAUAAUCUGUCUCUGAGUGGCAUGUUUUCUGUUUCUAACUUGGAGCCAAAUAGUGCUCACACUGAAAAUAAUAAUGUCUGUUUGUUUGGGUAUUACUUCUAUUUUGAUCUAUAGCACAAUUUUGUAAUUCGGAUCAUCACCCCUGCACUUUGUACCACAUGGGCAUAUUCUUUCUUCCCAGUCAUUGCCGCAAUUAUCUUGUCUGUUCUUUGUGUAAUAUGUUCUAUGUGGGCCGCUGCAUUAAACUCAAUUUCUUGGGCAAUUAUGGAAAUUCCAGUGUGGCUGCAGUUUAACUUUGCAUUCUCUAUGCAUAUGAGGUUUCCUAAAUAAACUUGAAGAGUAGCAUAGUUUAAAAAAUAUAUAUCUUAUAACUUUCUACAACAAAGAAUUAUUGAGUCCAAAUGCCAUCAGUGCUAAUUUUGAGACACCCUGCUAUCCAUGGUCCCUACAAACCAGGAAAUAAGUUAUCAUGUGUAUACAUUGGUUUUAGUUUUAUGAAACAAUUUGCCUUCAUGAUCUCAUAGUUAAAAUUGUAACAAAUUUAGGAAUAAAAAGGAUCAAUAUGGGAAGCAAAAUUUCUAAAGGCAGUUUCUGUUGUUUUAAUUAGUAUUUGUGUAGUUCAAACCAGGAAGGAUUUGACUAUCAUUAGUCUUACUUAACUUUAUGAAAGCUAAAAUAUUAUCUAUUGUAAAGGGGCAACUCCAUCUGGUCCUAUCACAUCUUUACUACUGAUUGUUUUUUAAUUUGAAAAUGCAAAGAAUUGUUCAAUGUUCUUAAAUGUUCUCACUACAGAAAAAGAAAAAAGAUAACUACGUGAGAUGACGGAUAUGUUAAUUAGCUGGAUUGUGGUAAUCAUUUUGGAAUGUCGAUGUAUAUCAAAACAUGUAGCACACCCUAAAUAUAUAUAAUUUUUGUCAAAUAUACCUCAAUAAAGAUGGAAAAAACUUGAGAUUCAAAGUUAACUACUGAUUUUUAUAAUACAGAGGAAUAUGGUUACACAGUAAGUGAGAAAAUUCAUCAAGUAAAAGUGAGAAACUCCUUUGGAAGGAGGGCAGAAGCACAGUUGAGUUUAAAAAACAUAGAUUUUGGAGACAGGGCAAGUUGAGUUUACCCCUUCCCCCGUCCCGUAUGCCUUUGGGUGACAUAACCUUGCUGUUCCUCAGUCUCAGCAUUGUAGAACUGUUAAGAGAAUAAAUGUUAGUGCAUGUCAACACAAACAAAACACCUUCUACACAGUUCCUGGAACAUAAGAAAUAUUCCAUAAGUUUUAGUUCCUUUAUAACUCAUGAACAUAUGUGUAAGGACUUGUUUUGUAUAUACCAUCUCUUCUGUGUUUACCAUAUGUUUGUAAGCAAAUUGACAAGAGAGGAGAUCUUCUGGAUACAGUACUUUUCACCAGGAAGAUGGGGGGCUGGGCAUGCUCUAGAAUUCUAAAACUCUGUGACUCAACUGUGAUUCUGAGGUUCUACUACUGAGUAGAGUCAUCACUAAGGGCUCAUCUCUAAAGGCUCCAUGUGACUCUGGUGGAGAGCUAGGCCAUGAUCUGGGCAGCAAUGUUUGCUCACUCUUUCUCUCACUAGAGUUCUGCAUUGAAUCAUGGAGUCACCAUCCCAAGAAAAAAGGCCAACUCACGUCAUCACUAUAAAACCAAAUGAAACUGUAUGGACUGCAUUUCCCUACAGACCUCAUAGCUCUCUGCUGGAUUUUCUGAAGGGAGAGCCAAGAGUCUUGGGGGCUACCCAGAUCCUGCUUGCUCUAAUCAUUGUGGGCCUUGGAACUAUGUUUGUACUUAAUUACAUCCGUUUCUCCCAAAGAUUUCCCCUUGUUGUCCUCACGGGAUAUCCAUUUUGGGGAGCACUUAUUUUUAUUCUUACAGGAUAUUACACAGUAACCGAUACGAAGUCAAAAAUUCUGGGUCAAGGUGUCACAAGCAUGAAUGUUAUCAGUUCCUUGGUUGCGAUAACUGGGAUUACUUUAAUCAUUUUCAGCUAUAGACAUCAAGACAAGUACUGCCAGACAUCUUCUGUUGAAGAAAUAUGUGUUUUGGGUAGAACUCUUUUCAUUGGAAUUUUGUCAGUCUUACUGAUCAUCAGCAUAGCAGAGCUCAGCAUCUCUGUGACUAUUGCAUCCUUUAGAAGCAAGUGCUGGACACAGUCAGAUGAGGUUCUGUUUUUCUUGCCUUCGGAUGUUACUCAAAAUAGUGAACAACCUGCCGCAGAAGAAAAUGCUCAAUUACAAUUUGUGCUUCAAGAAGAGUUUUCCAGUGAUGAUUCAACAACAUAUGCACACUCUGUUUUCUUUGGAGGCUAUGCUUUCUUCAAGUUAAGACUCUCUAGAAGUCCUUUAGUCUCCCAACCAGGUAAUAAAGGUACGGAAUUUGUGCCAGAUGAACAAAAGCAAAGUAUCCUUCCAUCUCCCAAAUUUUCAGAGGAAGAAAUUGAACUAAAACCUUUGCCUCCUACAUUAGAAGAAAAGCCCUCAGAAAAUACGCCCAUUCAGCUAGACUCUACAUUUAAACAAAUGAAAGAUGAAGAUCUACAAUCUGCUAUUGUACAACCUUCCCAAAUGCAAACCCAGUUUCCGCAGGACCAAGCUGUGUCACUCCAAGUUUUUCCAUCCCAUUCUAUACUAAAACUCGAAGAUCUACCACCUGAAGACUUGCCAUCCCAAGCUCUACCAGUAGAAGGCCUGUCAGAACAAUCCAUGCCAUCUAGGUCUACAACAUCUCAUGACAAACAGUCUUAUAAUCUGACAGCUAAUGACCUUCCCCCUCAAGGCAUACUAUCCCAAGACACACCACCUCAAGAUAUGCUGUUGCCUGACAUGACAUCCCAAGACAUGAAAUCCCUAGAUAUGCUAUCUCAAGACACAUCAUCCCACAACAUGCCACCCCAAGACACACCUUCCCAAGAUAUGCUAUCCCAAGCUCUAUCAGCACAUGCCAUAUUACCUGAAGCCUCAACACCCCAUAUUGUGCAGUUCCCUAAAAUACAACAGCUACUUCAGCAGCCCCCAGAUCUUCAACCAGAAAACACCGAACCUCAAAACCAGCAAAUUUUACAAAUGUCAUAUCAAGAUAUUAGAUCAGAAGUUACGGAAGAGACCAAAGAAUGGAAAUCUCAGGAGGAACUCCAUAGAGGAAAAUCCUCAAGACGGCAUUCCUUAAACCAGCAAACCAAAGCCUUGCAAUACUUAAGGAGAUAUUCUUUAGACAUGCAAACCAAAGGCCAUAAAUCCUCAAAGAGGCGUUCCUUAGAUCAGCAAAGCAAAGGCUGGCAAUCUCCAAAGCGGAAAUCCUUAGACCAGCAAAUCAAAGACUGGCUAUCCCCAAAGAGGCACUCCAUAGAUAAGCAAGUUCAACUUAAUCAAACUACCGAGCAACUCCCAGAUCAACAAGCUGAAGAUCAGCAAGCCAAAGGGGAACAAUACCCAGAAGGACAAUCUAAAGAUGGACAAGUUAAAGACCAGCAGACUGAUGAGGAGCAACCCUCAAAGAAGCAAAUCCAGGAUCAGCAAACCAAAGACCAGCAGACCCAAGAGAAGAAAUCCCUGAAAGGACAAUCCCAAAAUGUUCGAGCCGAAGGACAGCAAGCUCAGGCGGAGAAAGUGCCAAAACUGUUAUGCCAAGAUUCAGAAUCCCAAAUACAGCAAUACCAAUACUGGCAAUCCCACAAAGGCAGUCUCCAGACUGGACAACCCAAGACUGUCAAUCUUUUGGCCAAGAAUCCCCUGAAUGGAUAACUCAAGGCUGGAGAAACAAAGAUUAUAAAGCAAGAGAAUGGCAAUUUGAAAUGCAGCCCUGGCAAACACAGGAUCUAUUAGAGAAAGAAGCCCUAAAGCAGAUAGCUCUAUACCGAGAAGUCCAAACCCAGCACACAACAGCCCAACAUAACCUAGAAUGUCAAGCCAGUCAAGAUAAAGACCAAGAAGACCUUCAAUCCAGAGUUACACAGAAAGGAGAUAUAUAUACUAGAGACAUCAAACCAGGGGACAUGAAAUGUACAGGGCAAGUCUCAGGAGACCUGCAAUCAGAAAACGUGAAGCCAGAUUUUCAUUCUUCUUCUGGCCAAAGCUCAGUACAAGACACGUGUAUAGGCUAUUUGUCCCAUCUAGAUUCAGAACAAGAUGUGCAGCCAAACACUUCAGCUUCCUCAAAUUCCUCAAAAUAUAAAGAAGAUGUGAAUGUAACUUCUACUUCAUGUGAUCCAAAAGAGCAACAGCAAUCUGAAGACUCUGACUAACAUGCAGAAUCUACCCAAGUGCCUCACUGCCCCCGUUAAUGGAAUUAAAUUAGGAAAAAACAAUAUUGUCACCUCCAACCUGCAUACUCAAUUGUGGUUGCUACCUAAUUAGCUUACAAAAAAAUGAAGGGCAUGCUGAGCACUCAAUUUGUUCUUACUUAAAAUAAAAUGACAACAAACCAAAUGUUAACACUGUACCAUCACUUUAUGUAUGUGAAGAAAUAAUUCACAUGUAUACUCCUUGUCAUCAAA